GAGCUCGAAAGUCGAGAGGCCAGUAAUGGCUGCGCUGUCUCGUGUCUCGUGUACCUUAAGACCGUUUCUCUCAUAUAAAUAUAUUUAUUUGGCUACCAAACGGGCAUCCUAGAAAAUAUUGAUGUCGAGCAUGAUGUAAUUAAAUGUACGAAUCAAAAAGUCUUGACGGAAAGCAGCUGGCUCUUAUUCUCUUUGCUGUAGGAUUGAAGAAAGUGUUGACUGUACUUUCGAAUCAUGCUGGGUUCUGUGCGGCGUCGUUAGGAUCAAAGCUAGAAGAUAUAUCUAUAGGAGUAUAUAUAUAAGUUGAAAUAUUUUACGUACAAACAAUAUCAAAAUGGCACCAGUACCUUUAGAAGGCCAUCAAACUCCUGUCACAAACAACAUACCUCAGGAAGGCAAUCGUGGUGGAUCUAUAUCCUUAGGCAUGCUCAUAGAUUUUAUUAUACAACGAACGUAUCAUGAACUCACUGUUCUCGCCGAAUUGCUACCUCGCAAGACGGAUAUGGAGCGCAAGAUUGAAAUUUAUAAUUUUUCCGCUCGAACGAGGCAACUGUAUGUUCGUUUAUUAGCAUUAGUAAAAUGGGCGAAUAGCGCGUCUAAAGUGGAUAAAUCUACACACAUAAUGGCAUUUUUAGAUAAGCAGUCAUUGCUUUUUGUCGAUACCGCGGAUAUGCUGGCGAGGAUGGCUCGUGAAACUUUAGUGCAUGCUAGACUUCCAAAUUUUCAUAUUCCUGCAGCUGUGGAAGUACUUACCACUGGGACGUACGGUAGAUUACCAGCUUGCAUUCGAGAGAGAAUAGUGCCUCCAGAUCCCAUCACUCCUGUAGAAAAGAGAAAUACAUUGCAGAGAUUGAAUCAAGUCAUUCAACAUAGAUUAGUCACUGGAAAUUUACUACCACAGAUGCGUAACUUGAAGAUCGAGUCAGGAAGGGUAACGUUUCUUGUGGAGCAAGAGUUUUCAGUAUCUCUUACAGUUAUGGGUGAUGGACCAACAGUUCCAUGGAGACUGUUAGAAUUGGAAAUUUUGGUUUCGGAUAGGGAAACUGGAGAUGGAAAAGCAUUAGUACAUCCAUUGCAAACUCGAUAUGUACACCAGGUUGUUCAAUCGCGAUUAGCUGAAAGUACUAAUCCACUGUCAGAAGUAUAUCAUAUCUUACAUUAUUUUUGUCAAUCGUUGCAAUUGGAAGUUUUAUAUUCUCAAACGUUAAGACUGAUUCGGGACAGAUUGGACGACCAUAUUCAUGUAGACGAAUAUACACCAGGCAAAUGUCUUUCUAUAUCUUAUUGGAGGGAAUUGACGAGUAAGGAUCCACGAUCAGAGCUUGGAUAUAGAUUGACCAUUCAAGUAGAUCAACACGAUCCUGCAAGGCCCCUUGCAGUUGUGCAUAUUCCAUCGUUGGGCAGUAAGGAAAGCGAAAUAGCACAUCGAGCUAUUAGGUCGGAUCAAUUAUCAAUGGAGUGUUUACUCGUGCACACCAUCUACAUCCGGACGCGAAGUCGUUUAUCUGAACUGAAACAAGAGCUACAAACAAUGUUGAAAGACGUUGAAUGUACCUUAGCAGGAUCUCCAGCUAUUCUAUCAGUACCCAUAUUGCAACCAUGCUUACGUGCUGAGCUUCUAUUAGUCACAGUUGACACUCAUACCGGUAUGCUACAGUGUCAUGUUCCUCAAUAUGAUGCACCACUUGUCCCAGAAUUAACAACGGCCUUGAAUGGAGAUCACUCGCGUCUUCCGACACUUAUAUCUGAAUUAAGAUUUUGGAUAACACAAAGACGUUGCGAGAAAACAUUGCAGCAUCUACCAGCUACCGCGCAUGAGCGUUUGCCCGUUUUGCAUCAUCCAGAUCAUCCUAUGUCUAAGAUUAGUCGGCAUCGGAUGUUCGUACAAUUGCACAGGCACCCUACAGUAAUACUGAUUGUCGCAUUCAAAGAGAAAGAAAGUUCAUCAUGUGAAAUAGAAUGCUCUUUCUAUCUCGCUGUAGUUAAGCAUAGUUCCAUCGAAGAUGAUCCACACGAUGAUAGCAUAGAAACGGAAAUACCGAAAAUGUAUUUGAAAGUCCAAAGCCUUAUUGAGUUUGACACUUUUGUGAUUACACAUGGCCCAUUUACUAGUGUUGAUAGUGGGAAUAAUGAUCAAGAUGGGGGGUGCAUUACAGAAGUGGUGGAGACGACCAACAACAAACGUAGAAGCACCGGGAUCGGGGGAAGGACAGACGCGGCGGGAACAUCGCAGAAUAGAAGACCAAAGCAUCCAGCUUACUUUAUUCCGGAAUUGGCGCAUGUUGUCGCUUUGUGUGACGAACGAAUACCGUUCGUAACUCUGGCCCAAGAACUCACUAGGCGGGAGAUAGCUCAUCAAGGUCUCCAAGUUGAAGCAAAUGCCACGGCAUUGGUUCUUAAACUUGUUCAAUUGCCUGCGCCAUUACAGAGUAUGGUUACAUGCAGUUUUUGGCACGCUCUUCUCAAAAGACUUCUGAGUGUCUCGAUUAGAGUUCAAGGCAAAGGCAUGGCUAAAACUUGGACGGUGGAAUUUGUAUUUUAUGGUAGUCCUCUUUCCAGCGGUCAUCCCAAAGAAUUAGGCUUGAGAAGACCGGUUUAUUUUCAAUAUGAAAUGGGUACAGCCGACACCGUCUCCCGUACUGUAGACGCUUUAUUAAAUGAUUGGGCACAGAUAGUGCAUUUGUAUUCGAUUGUUCACGAGUUAGCUGAAUAUUUCAAAAUGGAGAAAUACAACUUACGCAACAUGGUUAGCAUUAAGUCUUACAGUUAUAGCAAACUGGUUGUUGCAUAUGGCCCAAAUCAAGGUGCAACUGUCACUGUACAGUGGAGUACAAAUGACAAGGCAUUCAAGCUGGUAUUUGGUAGAAGUCCGACGAAUACAGUGAGCAAUGCGCAUUCCUUAAUGAAGGAACAGCUUGAAGCUCAUUUAAAUAGACAUAAAAAUUUAGCACAAAUUAUUCAUAUAGUUAACGAAACGCUUCAACCGCUCACGUCAAUCAGUAAAUUACCAACAAUUCCUCAGUUAUGCGUGCAUGCGGUAAGUGCACGCGUGUACCUGCCCUAUUUCGAUUCAGAUUUACGUAUAACUCCCUCUCUACAGAGACCACGAGUGCCGGUACAAACGUUUACUAUAAUGCCGCAGUGCGUAACUUUAGUAAGAAUAGCAUAUCAAGGAAUGUAUUGUUUGGAAUUACGUUUGCGUGGCGGUGGUUUAGUGAGCUUACGCGACGGUGCUUACAGUCGUUUCGACAGAAGUAACGUCGUCGAUGAAUUCACACCUACGCAGGGUUUAAAGGCAUUCUUGUCGAAAUACGUCGAUGAGAAUGCAGUGUUUAGAAGAAGGUCUCAAUCAGAGGACGAUAAUCCACCGUCGCCCGUUACUAUGGACAGCGACGGUACUGGUGGCAACGUGGGCUUCUUAGGUCAUCACAGAAGCGGCCCUCAAUCGCCCGCCCAGCAACGCGAAGGUUUAAGGUUCCAUCCACCGCUCACACCACCGUCAGGUAGUAAUCCUCAUACACCGGCCAGUCCUCAUACUGCAAAUAUAUCUCAAGCAAGUCAACAUCAAAGCUUCAGUCCUGCAACUUCGUUUAAUUUAGCAUCGCCGCCAUCGUUACCGCCAAAUACACCUAAUAUGUUACCACACCCAUCUCCUGGAUCAGGACUCGUUGCAAAUAGUCCUUUAAAUCCGAUGCACGUUCCCAGUCCAGCUAGUCUCAUGCCGACGUCAUCACCUGGACCUUGCAGUAACGUUCAAGUAGGGCAUUCUCCUGCUGGUUCAUUCAUGCAAACAGGUCAUAUCGACGGUAGUCCUUUUCCGGCUUCUCAAAGCAUGGCUUCCCCAGCUGCUUCAAACUGGCCCGGAUCUCCGAGUGUACCGAGACCUUCUCCGGCGAGACCUGGACAAAGUCCAGGUCACGCAGCGUUGCACAGCCCUCAAGCCUCUGAUCACAAAACCGGUAGUCACAUAUCCAGGGUAUUACCACAAAGGUCCUGGGCAGGUGCUGUACCGACCCUUCUCACGCACGAAGCCCUGGAAUUACUCUGCUGUCCGUCGAAUCAUCCUUCGAACUUACCGGGUCCAGAUAUGUCACCGCUUGAGAGAUUUCUAGGCUGCGUCUACAUGCGAAGACAGUUGCAACGCUUUAUCCAACAAGAUGAUUGCUUAACAGGUAUCAACGCCGAGCCCGGUGUAGUACAUUUCAAAGCCGAGAGCUUGCAAUGCAGAGUCGGAUUAAAUCCGCAACAUUUUCAAUCUCUUCACAUCAAGGUUCUCGCGCUUCCCGAAUAUAAAGAUCAAUGGAGCGGAGAAGAAUUACAGAUUAUUGAAAAGUUCUUCGACACGCGAGUAGCUGCCCCGCCCUAUAAACACAACACGCUGGCCGGUUUCGGAAGGAUGCUUAACGCACGUUUCAAAGUAUUGAAGGACUUUGUGCAAAUAAUGAAGUUGGAAUUAGUUCCCGGUCUUGUGCAGCAGCAGCAGUUGAAGUGGUCUGUGCAGUUAUGUUUGCGUAUCCCGCCUUCUGCUGGACCAAUCGUGCCCCCUGGCACGGAAGGAGUACACGUUUGCAGAAACAAGAUUUUAUUUUUCUUACAAAUAACGAGAAUGGGUAUACCGUAUCAAGGGGAGACACCGUCCUUGGUACUGCCAUUCGUGUACGACAUCACUACGAAUUUAACGCAACUGGCGGAAAGAAGGGAUCUCAGUCCACCUCCUUCGGCGAUCACGGGAGUGUCAAUGCAGCUGAAGAGAUUCGCCGAAUACGGCGCGAAUCAGUCGGAGUGUUCGUUGUUCCCCGCUGUACGGGAUCUUCUCGCUAAUUUUACAUUACCAUCGGAACCGUCGGUUAUAUCACAGGUUGUGCCAUCCCCCGCGGGAAAUCAAGUAGCCUCCGCACAACAGAUUCAAAACACAGCGAUGCAAAUGCACUCGCCCAUGGCUGGUGGUCAAGGUCCGCCGCAGGGACCAUACGGAAUCCAAGGCAUGCAACCGAUGGGCAUGAUGGGCGGACCGCCUCAAUAGGAUUUGCUUUACUCUCCUAAUCCCCUGUGUCUACCGAAUCAUCCAACGUGGAUGAACUAGAAAUGUAAACUUCGACUCGAAGAAUUCACGGGACAAUCCAUCCGCUAAUUCUAACGUAAGAAGAUUUACAUUUCACGGGGUAUUUUAGGAGAGAAAAAAGUUGUGGCGUCCGCUGCGUUUAAUCCAACGAAGAAAAAAAAUGGACAACUGACAAAAAAAAUGUUUCCUGUAUGAGAGACAAUCUUGUAUCUGAGUUUGGUACUAUUCGUACACACUUUGUAUUUAACAUCAGCAAACUCUUAUCACUAAAGCAAAUGUACUAAAACAAAUGUAUAAAUAUGUAUCAUAAGAAUUCGUAAGAAUUAUAAUAGAUUAUAUUCGACGUAAUUAAACUUAACGAUAAAUUAUUAUA